CUGUGUCGCAGUUAGUUUCCUCCGUCGGAAGCUCCAGCUGAAGAUGAAAGGCUGAGUUGAGCAGCAUGGAUCAGUGUGAGGACAGAGGAACCACUCUGUGUGGGGAACAGGACCACCAGACCAAAGCUCAGAGCCCAGAGCAGCAGCUUAUACCUGACUCUCCUGGACCUGGACCUGGACCUGGAAUGGGACCUGGACCUGGACCCCGCUGUGUGUCCAUGAAGAGUGACCGGUCUAGGGAUUUGUCUAUAACCUUCAAAGAUGGACGUCACUCUGUUGAUCCAAGAGUGGACCAGGAGAGCUCAGAGUUUCCCAGUGGUCAGUCUACCCAGCAGCAUCAAAAGCACAUAUUUAGGCGGCUGGAGGACGACAUUGUCAUGUUUGUGAAGAACGAGCUGAAGAAGAUCCAGAAGGUUCUAAGUCUAGAUUACCCAGAAUGCUCAGAGAGUCAGAGAGAUGAGGCAUUUCUAAAGAUCACACUGCACUUCCUGAGGAGAAUGAAGCAGGACGAGCUGGCUGACUGUCUGCAGAGCAGGAGUCAUGCUGCAGGUGGUAAUCUUAAACUCAAAUCUAAAUUAAAAAAGAAGUUAGAGUGUGUGUUGGAGGGGAUUGCUAAAGCAGGAAACCAAACCAAUCUGAAUCAGAUUUUCACAGAGAUCUACAUCACAGAGGGAGGGACUGCAGAGGUCAAUGCUGAACAUGAGGUCAGACAGAUUGAAACAGCAUCCAGGAAACCAGACAGACCAGAAACAACAAUCAGAAGAGAAGACAUCUUUAAAACCCCACCUGGAAGAGAUGAACCAAUCAGAACAGUGCUGACAAAGGGAGUGGCUGGCAUCGGGAAAACAGUCUUAACACAGAAGUUCACUCUGGACUGGGCUGAAGACAAAGCCAACCAGGACAUCCAGUUCACAUUUCCAUUCACCUUCAGAGAGCUGAAUGUGCUGAAAGAG